ACAAAAUACAAACAAAACUGCUGCAACUGUUGCAGCUCAUCAACAACAACAAUAACAACAAUAAAACGCCGCUAGUAGUUAAACGUUUUUGUGGCACACAACAAAAUUUACAUUUUAUGCGCAUAGUAGACUCGUAGUUGUUUGCACUAAAUUAGCAAACGCAACAGCAGCAACAACAACCAAAUAAACAACAACAACCAAUAAGCAACCAUCAGCCGCAUACAAACAAACCAUCAAUAAACACCAAUACAUCAACAACAACAAAUAACAACAACAACAACAACUACACCACGUACACCACAUGAGCCUAAACAAGAAGAUCAAGAAACGCGACAGCUCUGAGUUAUGACUGGUGAGAGCCAAAGGCGCCGCUGGUGUCGGCGUCGGCGUCGGCGUUGGCAGCGGCAGUCGCUACAAAGUGACGGCGCGCUGUGUGCCCGAGGCUUAGGCAUAGCCGUGGGUAACGCAACUCUGGUCGAAGAGGAGGACUUUAGCUUGCCAACAGCGGAGCAACUAAACUGGAGCAGUGCCAGUGGUAGCAGCAGCAUUGGCAACAAGAAUGUGCUGCAACGUCAGCUGGCAACAACAACACAACUAGAGGAGCAGCAGCCACAACAGGAGGAGGAGCCACUGCAGCAGCAGCAGUCUGCAGCUGAAGCAGAGCCAAAUGAACUGACGCCGUUGGUGGAGCAGCAGCCAGAGUUGUUGGGCAGCGCCAGCGCAGCAGCCAUAACCACAACGACGCACAGUUAUAGCCACAACUCAAAGACUACGCGCUCCUGGCCCGUCAUCUAUCGCAAUCCGCAUCACUGCGACUACGAGGCGUUGUAUGUGCAGCAGCCGCCAUCGGCGCCGCCAACGCAAUCGUUCAAGCAGAACUGCUACUCCAAUCAGUUCAAGCAGUCCAUUGUCUACUCGAGCAGCAACGAGGAGCUGCCCGCUCUAGGUCCCGAGCUAGCCGAACUUGCGCCCAGGCAAACCACUUGCUACUACUUUGCGCCCAGCAGGCACAACAGCAUUUAUGAGCAUCCCUCAGCGGUCGUAGGUGGUUCCUUGCAGUUUGACGCCGCGCACAAUUCCGCCACAGUUGCUGCCUCUGCGGCGGCAGUGGAAAGCUUGCGGCGCAGCAACAGCAUCUUGCUGAGGCAGAACAGCUGCGCCAAGGUUAUACAACGUCGUGGCAGCGGUAGCGCUGCUGCUGCUGUGGACACCACUUCGUUGAGCUCACAAAUGGACGCACUGGGCAUGGGCAGCGGCAAUGGCGGCAGCGCCUGCUGCUCCAGCUGCUGCAUGGGACCGCCGCCUGUGCUGUUUCUAUUCUUUACACUGCUGAUGACCACCAGCGCUACGGCGAUGCUAUGCGCUGCCAUUAUGACUGAUCACUGGGAGCAUGUGACGUGGGAUCGUGUAAGUUUGGAUCGCUACUCCAAUCGCUCGGGCUUGCAUUUGGAGUGGUUGCUGGAUGAAAAGGUUGCAGUGCUAAAGCCGGACAAGCGUGCUGAUCAUCGUUUUCGACGCGACUCGGUGUUUCUGGUGCCCAUGCAUGGCGGCAUUUGGACCUUGUGCAUUGAUCUGCCCGUGCAGCAGUUGCAGGAGCUGCGUCGCAAUCCCAAAUUUCCACGUGGUGCGCCGCCUUGUGUCAACUAUUUAGCUGGUUCCAUGGAGAAUGCACGUGGCGAGGAGCAGCGCAACGAUUGGCAGCACAGUGAGUCGCAGGUCAUCACACUGCAGCCACAUCUGAGAAUGCAAAAUCUCUCCAUAUCCUGCUCACUGGUCUGCCUCAUUAUCUUGGGCAGCGCCGCCUUAGUUGGCGCCUUUGGCGUCUGUCAGCGUCAAAUUAGCGCCAUACUCAUCACCGGAGUCAUGUAUCUGCUGGCGGCUCUCUUUGCGCUCUUUACGCUCAUGAUUAUACACUUCAAGCGCCAGCAGGGACGUCCGAUGCUGGACAGCGACUAUGACGGCACUGUGGAUGGCAUUGUGGCGCGACCUGGGGGCGUCGCCAUUGUGGCUAAGCCACUGCUUGGCGCACGCAUAUUUCUGACUUCAUGGAGCUUGGAUCUGGGCUGGGGUGGCGUUGUGCUUUGCGCUAUUACCUCAGUGCUCUGGAUUCUGCUCUCAAAGAUCAUGCGCUAUAACCCCUUUUCGGCGCUCAUGAUUUAGCUAAACGCCCUGCCGCUCGGCGGCUAUGGUGGCUAUGAUAGUUAUGGCAGCUAUGGCAGCACCCACAGCAGCAGCAGCGGCACCAGCGCCAGUUUUCUGUUGUCUGGGGCCUCGACGUCGAUGCGGCAAGCGGAACAUCGCGAUAAGGGCAAAUAUAUUCUCUGAGCGAGAGAGCGCGCUCUCUCCCCUCCCCUCCUCUCUGCUACACACACAAACAAACACAAACACACAUACAUAUAAAAAAAAGCUACAAUUUUCUAUAAUACUUAGUUAGCCACAGUACC